CCUGGACCUUCCAUCUUUCACGCAUUCAUGUUCCUCUUCCGCCCUGCAUGCGCUGUCAAACUGAAAAAAAAUCCCACCUGUCUAACGUCCUUAUCGCCGGAUGACAAAAGUGUGCUAGUUGUACGGUCUGCUCAUAGUUCGUGGUUUACAGAGGCUCACUCAUCAUGGCAUUAAGGAGUGUGAGUCGUCUGCUUGUAAACAGCCAGAGGUGUGUCCUCUUCACAGCUUCCAGAUCACAGAAGACUGCUGCGGCUUCUCCAAGGGAUGCAGAGAAGUCUGGUGAAAAGAAGCAAGUGAAAACACCGAAAGUGCAGUUUAACUGGCGUGAUGCUUUGGAGCUGGAGGGUCUCCUGACGGAGGAGGAGGUCAUGAUUCGAGACUCCUUUCACACCUACUGCCAGGAGAAACUCAUGCCGCGAAUCCUGCUGGCCAACAGAAAUGAAGUUUUUCAUCGUGAGAUUGUGUCUGAGAUGGGGGAGCUUGGGGUUUUGGGCCCAACUAUUAAAGGUUACGGCUGUGCUGGCACAAGUUACGUGGCGUACGGUCUCAUCGCUCGCGAGGUGGAGCGAGUGGACAGCGGCUAUCGCUCGGUGAUGAGUGUGCAGUCCUCGCUGGUCAUGCACCCCAUCAAUGCUUACGGCACCGAGGAACAGAAGCAGAAAUACCUGCCCAGACUGGCACGAGGAGAGAUUCUUGGUUGUUUUGGACUGACGGAGCCAAACCAUGGCAGUGACCCGGGCGGCAUGGAGACCAGGGCCAAGUACAACCCAUCUAGUCGCACCUUCACCCUCACUGGCUCCAAGACCUGGAUUACGAACUCACCCGAGGCUGAUAUCUGUGUGGUUUGGGCCAAAUGCGAGGACGGGAAGGUGCGUGGUUUCAUCCUGGAGCGUGGCAUGAAGGGUCUGUCCACCCCCAAGAUCGAGGGCAAGUUUUCUCUACGGGCAUCAGCCACCGGGAUGAUCAUCAUGGACGAGGUGGAAGUGCCAGAGGAAAACCUGCUGCCCAAAGUUUCAGGACUGGCGGGUCCAUUCGGGUGUCUGAACAACGCUCGCUAUGGCAUCGCUUGGGGAGCUCUGGGAGCCGCAGAGUUUUGUUUCCACACCGCACGUCAGUACACACUGGACAGAAUCCAGUUUGGAGUUCCUCUAGCCAGAAACCAGCUGAUCCAGAAGAAGAUGGCAGACAUGUUGACCGAGAUCACCAUCGGCCUGCAGUCGUGUCUGCAGCUGGGCCGACUGAUAGAUGACAAAAAAGCGGCUCCAGAGAUGAUAUCUAUGCUGAAGAGGAACUCUUGCGGUAAAGCCCUCGAUAUCGCUAGACAGGCCCGAGAUAUGCUGGGAGGAAAUGGCAUCGCAGACGAGUAUCACGUCAUUCGUCACGUCCUGAACCUCGAAGCCGUCAACACUUACGAAGGUACCCAUGACAUCCAUGCCCUGAUCCUGGGCAGAGCCAUCACUGGACUGCAGUCCUUCACCGUGGACAAAUGAGCUGCUGUCUCCCUACUCUACACAUCAUUUACACAGACUUCUGCUGCCUUUUAACCCAUUCAGUUCAGAACGCUUGUAGAGUUUGCAUCAUUUACCAUUACAACUUACUUGAAAUCUUUAAUGAAUACGAUAUUCUCUAAAUGUAAUGGAAACAAACAGCAGUAUUUCAGGUAAUGUAUGUGAUUUUUUUUUUUUCAUGUAUGUACGUCAUGUAGCCUUUGUCAGAGAUCUAUUUUUCUAUGUUCUAACUAGAUCACACUUUGAAAUAAGGUUUGACUGCAGGUUUUUGAAGUAGAUUUGUAAAGAAAUGCACCAAGGAUCACAGAGAUGAAAAAGUGCAUGUUUUUGUUUGUACAUUGAUGUAUUAUAGAAAAUUCUCAGUGUUAGGCUGUUUUGAACAAAUUAUAUUUAAUACAGGUAAAUAAAAUGUGAAAAAUGA